AUGGCUACCAAGUCAAGCAGCCGUCGGCCGUCGGUUAGCUUCCAUAUGCAGACCAGAAGUCGCAAAGCAAAAACUACCCCGGAACCAACCAAAGCUUGUACAGAACAACCAUCGCCAGCAUCACUAUCAUCAUCGUCAUCCCUAACAACACCACCGUCCAGUCCGCCAAAGCAAACACCGUCUCGAAAACGAAAGUUAGCCGAUUCGAGCUCAGAUGACGCCGACAAUCUAUCAAAGACUAAGCGACCUGCACGACGGGUUUCCACACCGGCGUCGCUGUCGGAUACUGCCACGCCACGAAAGCAAACAUCUCAAACGCCAGCUUUGGGUAGUGCUACAGUUAUUGCAAACAUCGACAGUACCCCUCCGCAAACCUCACCGUCAGCCAACCCGCUGCAUUCUGCCAGGUCGUUAAGACGAAGCUCGCGUAUAGCAGGAUCAGACGCAUUGGGCGAUGAUGAUGCUGGCCGUAACGGCGCACACGGCACGUCACCUCCUGACCAGCCAAGUCGAGAGAGCGUUCCUUCAGGAAAUGCUUCAAACGCAUGCCCAAAAGAUCCCGAGACGCCGUCGAAACCUGUGCGCACCUCGCGAUCUCCCAAAGAGACAAAAGCGUCCAAGGAUGCGGACCUGAGCUUUCAAGAGUACAAAGAUAAGCAGUUCUGGCCAGGUUUCAAUGCACGGAAACCGACGUACUACGCGAAUGAUGCAACCACUCGCUACCGUACCGCAGCAGAGAAUGGCAACACUCCCGAAUCCCGCUCUCCCAGGAAGCCGGCCCGAGGUGGCGGCCGCGGCGGUCGCGGAGGCGCUCAUGCAAAUGGUGGUGGACGUGGCAAAGGCAAAUCUAGAGGUAGAGCAGGUCGCGGCGGUGGAGAAAGCCCCGAACCACCAAAUCGAAGACGGCCGCUGACGCCAGAGGAAAAAGCCGAAAUCGCCAUGAUCAAGCAGAGGCAGCAGGAACUGAAACGGUUCUUUAGCAUUGUGGGCAACCAACAAGUCGACAUCCUUGACCAACUCUCUGGACGAGACAUUUCCAAAAUCGCCAGAAAGGCAAAGGCACACAGACAUGUCCCCGAGUAUGAUGGCGUGGUGGAAGAUCUUGAGUCUACCUUGAGGGACGUGCAGGGCCUGGUCCAAUCACGGUUUGAUCUCCAGGUCGAGCAUGAAAAGCAGCGCAUGCAGCAGGAGAAGGAAGUAAUUGAAGCGCAAUUCAAGAACCGCCUCACCGAAGCCCGCAAAGAACACCUUGCUGGGGCAGAAGGGGACAUUAUACUCUUCGAACGGGCAUAUCGCACCGCUCACGACGACACCCAUACCGAAUCUGGCUCCGAUCUAGAUUACUUCCCGCAUUAUCACGAGCUCCCCGAACCGAAUGCCCAACCCCGGGGGUAUUCGUCCCGCAAAAUUAUGGACGAAAAGCCAUUUAAGCAACAGUUGGAGUCGUACGACGAACAAGCCCGCCAACAAGUGCUCAAUGAGGAUGUUAUUGGCCCCUUGUUGAAGCAAAUGGAACAGCGAAACAAUGAAUGGCGCAUCGGGCAGCUUCGGAAGAAAUCACAGACAAUGGAUGCGCUCUCUGCAGAAGCAAUCAAGGAACUCGAGAAUAUCAAGGGCUACCUCAUCCCACGACCUCUGAACAUGGGUGAGAGCAGUUCGUAUGCGUUGUCGGCCCUGGCAGAUGUCUCGGACUGGGUUGCACAACAGCAUCCUGAACGUCAGUACAUCUACAUGCCUCUUGCCCGGGGAGAUGUCUUCCCGAGACAGGCUUUGGAUUUCUCUCCACUUCCUGGCCAAGGGCCAACUUCGAUACCACCACCUCCACCUCCACAACCAGCGCCAGCUCCUCCCCAGCCAGCAUAUCAUGUCAUUCGUCCAGACUCGAGGAGUCGUGGCCGUCGAUCAAAAUUUGCGCCUCCGAACAACGGCCCGGGUGUCGUCCAUGUUGCCACUCCCCCGCCUCCCCCAUCGCAGUCGUUACCACCACCUCCUCCAAGUCCUCUAUCAGCAGCGCCUACGCCCCCGGUCGGGCCAGCUUCAUUCCUCCCGCCACGCUUGAUUUCCAGCGGGCCUGGUCAACCAAUUGCCCCUGCACCGCCAAAACCCGCGCCUCCGCAUCGCUCGUCCACCAGCAUCAAUGUCUUCCGGCACACCCCUCGCCCAAGUGUUCAUCAGCAACAUGCCAUCCCGCGCCACAACUCUCUCGGCUCUCCAAUGCCGAGUGGACCCCAGCAAUUCAUCUUCCAGCCUCCGCAGCAGCCAUACCAACACCAACCUACUCCUGGCACGGGUCCUGCACAACCACCGCCGCCACCACCGCAAUACAACCCCCAUCCAGCCAGCCCCCUCACUUCUGGACCGAGCGUCAACACCGUCGCCGUGACCGGCGCCGUGGCACCCCCGAGUAUCAGCGCAGGCGCAAACGCUGGCGUUGGUGGCGUCGGCAACUCCGGCGGCCCGACCAUGCAAGUCAUCGGCCAACAGGGCAAGAUCCCCAUGACAUUUGUGAACCAGACGAUCGCGAGCCGCAACGCCGCUGCGGCGGCCGCGGCGGCGACUGCGGGUGGGAACAACGGCACCCCGAGCGGGAACGGCCAGGGCAAUGGCAAGAGAGUUUUGCUGCCAAAGGUGUAG